GAUGUGCUCGGCCCCAUGGGGGCACAGCCACCACAAGGGUAUGAGCUUGUUCCUGACUGCGUUGUCUCCUCUGCAGAUGUCUCCCCGGUUGUGGCAGGUCUCAUUGGUGCUACUGUCCUUGUGGUUUCUGUCUCAGUAACAGUUUUUGUGUGGACAUGCUGUCACCAGCAAGCAGAAAAGAAGCACAAAACCCCACCGUAUAAAUUCAUUCAUAUGUUGAAAGGCAUCAGUAUCUAUCCGGAGACCUUGAGUAACAAGAAGAAAAUUAACCGAAUCCGGAGAGACAAGAAUGGCACUCCUAAGGAGACUGCAAGGGGAAACCUCCUGGUGGAUGCUGCUGAAUCUGGUUUAAUAGGCUCCAAUAAGGCUCCAGAUGGGCCAAAUGCAGUCCCCCAUGUUGAUCAGCUCCCAAUAAAAGUAGAUUACGGAGAUGAACUCAGUCCAGAUCAAAGCCUCACUCCAGGCGGAAGUAAAACUUCCUCCCCAUCUUCUCCAGGGGAUGACAUCAUGUUGGGUGAACUGACUUUCUCAGUGGACUACAACUUCCCUAAAAAAGCGCUGGUAGUUACCAUUCAGGAGGCUCACGGACUGCCAGUGAUGGAUGAACACACUCAGAGCUCUGACCCUUACAUCAAGAUGACAAUUCUUCCAGAUAAAAGGCAUCGAGUGAAGACUCGUGUACUUCGCAAGACACUAGACCCAGUCUUUGAUGAAACCUUCACCUUCUAUGGGAUCCCAUAUAGCCAGCUCCAGGAUUUGGUGCUUCACUUCCUCGUGUUGAGCUUUGAUCGCUUCUCUCGAGAUGAUGUUAUUGGAGAGGUCAUGGUGCCCCUUGCAGGGGUGGAUCCAAGCACUGGAAAGGUUCAGCUGACCAGGGAGAUCCUCAAAAGGAACAUACAAAAAUGCAUUAGCAGAGGGGAGCUGCAGGUCUCCUUGUCUUACCAGCCUGUGGCGCAGAGAAUGACCGUUGUGGUGCUGAAAGCCAGACAUUUGCCAAAGAUGGAUAUCACUGGCCUCUCAGCAGAUCCGUACGUUAAGGUGAAUGUUUAUUACGGAAGAAAGCGCAUAGCGAAAAAGAAGACUCACGUGAAGAAGUGCACUUUGAAUCCUGUCUUUAAUGAAUCCUUCAUUUACGAUAUCCCUGUUGAUCUCCUUCCUGACAUCAGCAUUGAAUUUCUAGUUAUCAAUUUCGACCGUACCACGAAAAACGAAGUGGUGGGACGGCUGAUUUUGGGAGCGCACAGCAUUACUGCAGGUGGUGUAGAACACUGGCGAGAGGUGUGUGAGACUCCUAGAAAGCCAGUUGCCAAAUGGCACAGCCUGAGCGAAUACUAGCAGAGGUUGCAGCAGCGACAGCUGACUCGUAGAACAGACUUAAACCUUGUUUUAGCUGUAGAACUAAACUUUCAUAAGAAGCAGCAGCUGAUUGGUUCUCUAGUGAUGUGAUUUUGCAGGGCACUAAAAUUCUAAAGAGCAUUAAAUGAAAAAAAAAAAGAUAUCACAAAUAUAUAUAACAGUGUAAUCACGCUAUUGCAUGCCUAAUACAAACUGAAAUUAGUAUAACUACCAAUAUCAAGUUGCAGAUUUUAAUACAGUUAUCUGUCACUAUGGAAGUUGUGUUUGUGCCGAACUGUCUUUGCUGGUAUUCACCAAGAUUGGCCUGUCUUUAUUAGGCUUCUCCCAAAGUUUCUGAAUUCUGCUGUUUAACCGCUAGUUUCUUGUUAGUUUGCCUGCACAUUGGUUCUUGCAGUUCUGUUCUUCACUGGUUUGGGAGUAGCAACCGCAUUAGAAAUCGCAGUGUAAAGGUGGUUUAGAAUUCUGCACUUGCACAAAAGGAAAAUACAGGGGAAAAUGGCACUUUCCUUCAGAGAAUAAAUAAUUCUGUUGUCAGGUACUGAAAUACUUGUGGUUUGGAUGUACUUCUUGUGGAGCUAUAACACCACAGCAUCAAAGAUUUGCAUCUAAAAUUCAAACGCCAACAAACUGAUCAUGUUGCUUUUGCCACAUGAAGUUAGCACAGGCACAAGCUCAUGGACUGUCACAACUGGCGAAACUCUGCUGUUUCAUUUGAUUUAACCCUGUCUGUGCAUGAAGGGCCCAAAAAAACCCCAAAUCUGACAUGUCAUUUAUUGGUAAGGAAACUUGCUGAUUCUUUUAAACAUUAAAUGUGAAAUUCUACAUGAUUGCUAAGUUCUGUUAUAACAGUGUAACAUUGGAAAUAGGAAAAUAUCUUGGGGGAAGAGGUUUUAAGUGAAAAAAUUACAAAGCUUCCCUUCAUUCACACUUGAGUCAAUUUGCAUUAUACAUCAUCUUCUCAGUUACCUAAGAGCCAGCUCUUGAAAAAGGACUAAACAUGGGCAAAGCCUGUCACCACAAAUGGUGUCAGACACUUCAGGAAGUUCAUUUUCAGCAUUUCAAGGCAGCUUGGGCUAGUUCUUAAAUUGUGAAUGACUUCUGAGACUUGGGAGAUGCUCACCAUCACCUCUGAAGUGUAGAAAUGGUACUUGGCCAGUGUGACCUGUAGCACUUUAGGCUAUUAACCUUGAAUAGUAGUUUUGAACAGAAGUUCAUAAGUUCCACGAAUACAAGUUUGGAAGUUGCUGCACUAGAUCUCGUGGUGAAGACAUGAGCCUCAGGACAGGACCAGGUUCCGUACAUGACGGCAGCGUCCUGGCAAGGAACUCCAUUUGGCUUCUAAUUACGUUCAAGCCAGGAAAGAUAUAAGGAUGAUAAUUGGCAGCAAAUAAUUGAUUGUAGACAUUGUUGGUAAACUGAGCGGAAAUAGUUAAAACAGGCUGCAGAAAUUGCAAGACUUUCUGAACUCUCCAAUGGCAACCUGAAGCAGAAGUGAGCGUGCAAAGAGGCACAUAGAAGACUGCAAAUUUUCAGUAAACGUUUAGUUGCUUCCGGGCAGCCAGUUUGUUCUGUGCCCCAUGGAAUGUAAAUAAUGUAUCAUAAUUUAAAAAGUUAAAGAUCAUUGAACUACUUACAGGACUUGAAUACUGAAUUUUAGAGCCCUGUUGGAAAAAAUGAUCCUUUCCACCUUCACCAUAAUGACAGUAGAAUAAUUGAGUCUUACUCGGUUUUCACUCCAGUCGCCACGUAAAGUGGGAACUGAUGGGAGGGCUCUUCAUGCGAACAGACAGCACUUUGUUAUUUGGCAAUAGUUUGGCAUCUCUUCCAUCUCUUCCAUCUCUUAUUUUUGGAAAGCCAAAUUUUCUCACUCAUCACUAAUUAUUCAAAAUUCCUUCCAGGCAGAGUGUCUUUCUAGCACCAGAAGUGGCGUGGCGGCUGCAGCUCUCUAUCCUCAACCCUGUGUGGCAGACGGAAGCAUGGACUUUGUUCAUGCUCUGUCAAUCCUGUUUCCCAGGAUUUCUGCCCAAGGCUGUAGUUGAUUUUAUCUUUGUCUUCAAUGCUUUCUCGCUCGUGCUCUAGCAGUGGCUCACAGCCACAGACCGGAGAACGGGUUCUCCCUUGUAAAUUGAUGUAGCUCUAUUUCAAUCCUAGUUUUUGCACUAAGCAAUUGUGUUGCUGAGGUUUAGCAACUGUCACGACUUUUCCUCGGAACGUGCUUUCCAACACCGCUCCAAACAGGCCCUCCAAACAGUAACAACAAAGUUCCCUUUUUUCCCUUCGGUGUGAAAAGCAUGCGUAAGCCUACAUGGUCUUAAAAUGCCUUUAGUUGAAAAGGAAAGAUGAACUUCUUGUCAAGGAAACACGCUCAGGGUAAAUAGACUUCGGCUAUCGGGCAGAUAGGAGUAGCUCCAACACUCUUCUGGAAUGAUAAGAAACUGAAGAUGUGCAGAUAUAUAUAUAUUUUUAAAACGUAAAAUAGGCAGUAAGUGACAGCGGACUCACUGUAAAAUCUCCCAGGUGUGGUUAUUCUUUACCUUGUGUCUUCUAUUGUAAAAUUAACUUGGACAGUUACAACUUUGUGUGGAAAAAAAAAAAAAGAAAAAAGAGGCAAAAAAACCUAACUCAACAUGUGUGAAACUGCAUAAUGCUAUAAGCUCAUCUACAUUAUGUAAUGCUACCUUGUAUGUUGAAUUUGUUAAUGCACAUUGAGCGUGCAAAUAAAAAUUAAAUCACUUUA